AUCUUUGGCACUUUCCCCGCACUGUUGUGCGUUCUCUUUCGCACGAAUCAGCUGGGAGUGAAAGAGGCAGUCACUGAGUCAAUUACUUUUUCUACCUUUUCUAGCAAAACCAAUACGCCACUAAAAUACGAAGCGAUAGAAAUAUGGAACUCGAAAUACAAGUAUCCGUCAAUUUUCUCAUGAACUUUCUCUACAACAAAUUGCCUCGUCGAAGAGUUGACCUGUUCGGCGAAGAGCUCGCAAUGAAAUUGACCAAGAAAUUCGAUGGACAUUGGUACCCGAAUAAACCCACAAAAGGCAGUGGUUACAGAUGUAUACUCAUAACACACUACCUUGACCCAAUUCUAGCCGCUGCUGCACGAGAAAGCGGGCUAAAAAUCGACGAUGUGAAGGCGAAUUUGCCCGAGAAACUCUGCUUAUGGAUAGAUCCGCACGAAGUGUCGUAUCGAAUCGGCGAGCAAGGCUCUGUGAAUGUCAUCUACAAAAAGGAAAACACAAGCAUACUAGACGACAUUACAGACUCCGAAACGGCUCGCUGGGUAGGUCUCCUGAACGGCCAUAACACAAAAAGCAAUGGAGCGAGUCAGGCCUUCAAGAGUCAUAACUCCGCGCGAGCUUCGCCAACAUUCAGCAGUGGUUCCUCGAAUUCUGGAACUUCAUCGCCCGUCCUAGGUCAAGAAUUCGGGAAAUACUUCGCUUGGAGUACUGCCGAAGACGCCGCAAGAAAACCCCGUAACCAGCAAAUAGCGAGAAUGGGGUCUCCGUUGUCAGCUACGGCACAAGAAUUCAGCCCAGUGAAGUCAAACGCAGGACGUCCUUGGACUUUCCCGAGACAAGGGGAAUAUGCAAGGAGAUCUCCUAUUUUAUCUUCUCCGGCCAACUUCGAUUGGUAUUCUCAGAUAGAUCAAACCUACCGGGAAAAUUUCCUCACUUCACAAAUGCCAAUAAUGGCUUAGGACUUUCAAACACAAAACCUCAAAUUGACCCCAAAUAGUAAUAAUGCAGAUGUUACGCAUCGUAUACUUACUUGUAAAGUUACUAUAUUUAUAAAAUUGAAAAAGGCUCGGAACUAUGUAAUUUAUAAUUAUCCGUCCAUAUAUUUCGUUCUUUGUACAAAACUACGACUCAAAAGAUUUAAAUUUGUUAGAAAAAAAAUGAAAAAAAUAUCCCCAAUUUGUUAAAAUUGUAGGAAGACAAAGCGUAUUUCUGUACAAAUAUCAACAAGGAGAUUUUUUUCUCUAUAUAACGUUCAAAUUUUGUAUAUACACGUUUAAGGUUUUUCGUUUUGAAGGAAAAAUUGUGAAUAAAGUUAUAUUGCUUAGAGAGAGGAAUAAAAUACAUACUUAUUUUAUUGAAUUUCCCAGAAAAGAAAGUUCAGAGAAAAUGGUUGUUAAACUGAAAGAAAUAAAGAAUGAUAUUGUUCA